CACAAUGUGUACAAGCUUUUAGCGCGAGGCUGCAGCGCCCCCUGGUGUCCGCGCGCAGCAACGAGCCUGCAGCGGAUUGGCUGAGCGGUUGUCAGGACUGUUUACAGGAAACAUGGCUUCCCGGUCUGUUGGAGAGCUCCAAGAAAUGGAAGUGGACCGAAGGGGUGAGUCUGAGGAGUCUGGUGAUGAUGAGACCAGGAGGAGGAGUAUCAAUGGCGACGUGGACCCCAAUCAGCCCACAAGCACAAGUAAAGAAGAGUCUCCUGUUGACAUGGACACCAUAACCUUGGACCCAGAGGAAGAGGAUGUUGAUCUUGUUCAUUGUCGUAUUGGAAAAAUUGAAGGAUUGGAGGUGCUACAGAAGGCUAAAACACUCUCCUUACGACAGAAUCUCAUUAAAAAGAUAGAAAACCUUGACAGCUUGACCUCACUGCGGGAACUUGAUCUCUACGACAAUCAGAUCCGCAAACUGGAGAACCUGCACCACCUCACAGAGCUGGAGCAGCUCGACGUGUCCUUCAACAUUCUGAGGAGGGUGGAGGGCUUGGAGCAGUUGACUCAAGUGAAGAAACUUUUUCUGCUUCACAACAAAAUUAGCAGCAUUGCCAACCUGGAGCACUUGACGGGCGUGGAGAUGCUGGAGCUGGGCUCCAAUCGCAUCCGGGUCAUAGAGAACCUGGAUACACUUUCUUCUUUGCAAAGUUUGUUUCUUGGCACCAAUAAAAUAACAAAGCUUCAGAAUCUGGAAGGUUUACACAACCUGACUGUUUUAAGCAUUCAGAGUAACCGGAUUACUAAAAUUGAGGGUCUACAGAACCUUCUCAGCCUGAGAGAGCUCUACCUGAGCCACAAUGGCAUUGAGGUCAUCGAGGGAUUGGAAAACAAUAAAAAGCUCACAACGCUGGACAUCGCAGCCAAUCGAAUAAAGAAAAUUGAAAACAUCAGCCAUCUGACAGACCUGCAGGAGUUCUGGAUGAACGAUAAUCAGAUAGAUAACUGGUCAGAUCUCGAUGAGUUGAAGAAUGCCAAGUCUCUGGAGACGGUCUAUCUCGAAAGAAACCCUCUACAGAAGGACCCGCAGUACCGGCGAAAGAUCAUGCUGGCUCUGCCCAGUGUACGCCAGAUCGACGCAACCUUCAUCCGCUUCUAAGCUGCAGUCCUGCAGUUCACCUGCCAACUUCAGUGUUCGCCCUCACCGCCCUGCCUGCCCUACCUACAGAACAAACUUCAUUUCAAAACACGCUGGCCUCAUAUAGUCACUCCAUACACAGAUAUACAUUCCAACAUUAAAUUCACCCAUGGCUCACUCGACAUACAUGUAUGCAUGUAUGCACUCAUUCACACUUUGAUCUAUGCUAUUGUACGGGAAGCUUAUUUAUUUAUGACGCUGGAUCUGAACUGUGAAAAUGAAUUCCCCUAAAAGUACCCUGCACCCAUUUCUUCACCUCUCCUCUGCACUUCUUUUAUUGUUUUGCAUGAGGGAUACAGUAUGGAGACCUUCUUCUUUCCUCCAUCAUGCCGUACCCCAUCAGGAAAAUGAUUAUUUAUCACGCUGUUGAAGUUGCACUGCUAUCACACACGAGGAAAGGCUGGCAUUCGUACUAUUUGAAGGAUUUUGGUAUGAGUUUAUUCCUUUUGGUUGGACAAGAUGAGACUGUUCUUUCAAGACACACUACUCAGUGGCUAAAAUAACAGCAAUUUUAAAGGGAAGGUCCAUAAUAAAAUAUAAUUUACAUAUUUUAAUUAUCAGAAUACUUCUUAUCGUCUCCUUUGGUUCCAACACGCUACAAAACCGUCCAGGCUCUACAGUCACAGAAACAUCUCAAAUUAAUGUGCCAUAGUGAUGCCGUGCAGAUUUAGAUAGUCCAGUAAAGUGGCAGAUUUGAACUCUUUUUAAGGAAAACCUCAGAAACUCAUGACUCGUGUUAAUAAACUGGUAUCAUUACUGAUGAAGGGCACGUUUUGAUGUCAAGCAGCCUUGUGUAUUCCUUGUCUAGAUAUUUUAGAUCUCAUAGACCCAUUUUCGGAUUAAUAAGAGUGACCUCUGCGGUAAAAUAAAGCUCACGUGUCCAUAAAUAUGAUUUAUAAACAUCAAUCCCCUCUCCUUUCUUUUCUGUUUGUAUCUUGAACACAUCACUAAUCACAGCCUUUUAGUUCUCCCUUGACUUGUUCAGUAAAAUGUAAAACAGUAAAAUGUAGAUUGUUUUUUUUUUUUUUAAAGUAAAUUUACUUAAUAAUGGCAGGACUGGUCUCACAAGUGUUGUUAACUAAUGUAAGAUAAAUUACUUUACGCAGUUUUUUUUAAAAACAUUUUGAGGUUCAAAAUUGAUAAGGAUUAUGUAAAGACACCACAGUGACACAUUUUGCAAUAUUCUCAUUUGGCCUUUAGUAUUGCUUAAAAAUAAAUAUUCAUGAUGACCACCUUCAACCAAAACUAAGUGACCUAUUCUUAUAGUUCCCUGUAUAUAAUGCUUGAGUGCACUUGAUUUACUCCCUGUUACAAUCAAAAAGUGAUAUGUCUUUUAUAUGAAAAUAAUUCCCCACCUCAGGGCUGAAAGGUCACGUGUGGACAUGGUACAGAUGCAUCCGAUUUCAGCACUUCGCUGGGUUUACAUGGAGAAAGCUAAACUUUAAGUGCUUUCUGUGCAACAUAAGAGACAUUAUCGCCUAAUUCCUUUCAUCUGGGUCUAUAGUUAACUGUUAAAGCAGUCUAGUUAGUACUGAAUCUCCCUUUGUAGGCAACAAAACAACAGCUUAAUAUGCUGAUUUGUAUUAUAGAUGUCUAUCAAUUUUUUUUCAAAUGAACCUUUUAAAUCAAAUUCUUUAUGGUUAGUGAUCUUGACCAAAUCACUGCUGUCAAACAUUUAGGAGCCCAAAUCGACUAUCAACAAAACUUGAUUAUAAUCUUAUUUUAUAUGAAGUUGGCCAGUGGGAUUAGAAGUGCCACUUUGUGCAUUUGUAAAUAUAGUUUGGACAUAUCACAAUGUAGAAAGUCAGUGCCAUCAUCACCUUCCCUUUGUAAAGUGAAAUACCUUUUCUUUUUCUUUUCUUUUUUUCCCUUGUUUAUGUCAGGCAGCACAACAGAUUUGUGUGAGAUAUUGUAAUUAAGAGCUUGAUUUGGCCUUAAAUGGUCACUGGAUGAGCAAUUAUUCAAAUUGCUUGUAGCUUGUUGUUGUUAGAACUGAUUCUUCAGGUUUCAGGCUUGGUUGAAGCUGUUUUCAAACUGAAUGUAUUAUGCAAAUAAUAAAAUGACACUACUUACACA